AUGGCGCUAGGGUUCGCCGCGAGAGGGCCCGCGCUGUUGGACGUCCUCUACGACUAUGACUGGCGGGACAUGCGAUCCUCUCAACUCUCCUUCAACAGAAUGCUGGAGUGGUCAUUACACACAGGUCCACAAGAGUUGACAUGGUUCCUGGACCACGCUGCACACGUCGAUAAAGACACCAUAAGCCACGCAGUCCGAGGUGCACCAGUGAAAGCAGCAUGUAUCGAAUUUUUGCUACAACGCUUCGGUGUUGGCUUGUUCCACGGUACGAGACUGCUCCAAAGCGCUGCGAAACGAGGUCGGAACGAUGCUGUCAAAAUGCUGCUGGAUGCGGGCAUGGCUGUGGACGAGCUGAUACCUCGACCGAGCCACGAUGAUGGAGACCGCUUGAAGACGGCGCUGUACGAGGCUGUGUACUAUCAGCAUGAGGGAACUGUGCAGCUGUUGCUUACAUACGGGGCUGAUCCCAACAAGCAGGUGUGCGAUGGAGGAUUGGACACGCCUUUGAGGUUAGCCGAGGGCUAUGGCUAUAGUGACAUCGUUGGCAUGUUGCAUAGAAGCCUCGAGCGAAAUGAGUCUGGGUCGAGGACGUGGACGUCUAGGCUGUAA